CGCUUCUGAGGCUCAUCUUUGAGAAGAUCGCAGCUACCCUGUGACUCCGCCUCGGACGGAGGGAAGGGCGCGGUCGGGGGGUGUCCUCGGAUCCUCGAUGCUGCGUUUCUCUCACGUAUCGCGACUCACAGACUGACACCAAGUGCAUCGGGGGCAGUGCGUCAUAGCCCGAGGCUGAGAAGCGGACUGAGAGACACCUCAAGAAGAAAGCGUACAGCCACUUAAUAAUAAAAGGGAGACGCCAGAGAAGAAAGGGGCUCCAAAAUGAAGGCGCUUGUGUUACUGGUGAUCUGCGGGGGGCUAGCAGUCCUGGCGGUGCAGGAUGAAGCCGCUGACAAGGUGGACAAAAGGUACACUCGAGACGGGGGGAUUUCAUUCGAGUAUCACCGCUACCCGGAGCUGAGGGAAGCCCUUGUGUCGGUGUGGCUGCAGUGCCCGUCCAUCAGCAGGAUCUACACCAUCGGCCAGAGCUACGAAGGGAGGGAGCUGUUGGUCCUGGAGAUCUCCGACAACCCCGGGGAACAUGAACCUGGUGAACCCGAGUUCAAAUACAUUGCAAACAUGCAUGGGAAUGAGGCCGUGGGCAGAGAGCUGAUUAUUUUCCUCGCUCAGUACCUUUGUAAUGAAUACCAGAAAGGAAACGAGACCAUCAUCAACCUGAUCCACAGCACACGGAUCCACCUCAUGCCUUCAAUGAACCCAGAUGGCUUUGAAAAGGCCGCCUCCCAGCCUGGGGAUAUGAAAGACUGGUUUGUUGGCCGCAGUAAUGCUCAGGGCAUAGACCUCAAUCGAAACUUCCCAGAUUUGGACAGAAUCGUCUAUAUGAACGAAAAGGAAGGCGGUGAAAACAACCACCUCUUGAAGAACAUUAAGAAGGCUGUGGAUCAGAAUACCAAGCUGGCUCCGGAAACCAAAGCUGUCAUUCACUGGAUCAUAGAUAUCCCGUUUGUCCUCUCAGCUAAUUUGCACGGAGGAGACAUUGUGGCUAAUUACCCAUAUGAUGAAACCCGCAGUGGAUCAACUCAUGAGUACAGCGCCAGCCCUGAUGAUGCGAUAUUCAAGAGUAUAGCCCAGGCCUAUUCAGGCCUCAAUCCAGUCAUGUCAGACCCUAACAGACCACCAUGCCGCAGGAAUGAUGAUGACAGUAGCUUUGUUGAUGGCAUUACCAAUGGGGGUGCUUGGUACAGCGUCCCAGGAGGCAUGCAGGAUUUCAACUACCUAAGCAGUAACUGUUUUGAGAUCACUUUAGAAUUAAGCUGUGAAAAAUUUCCCCCAGAAGAUACCUUGAAGAAUUACUGGAAUGAAAACAAAAAUUCACUCAUAACGUAUAUUGAACAGAUUCAUCGGGGAGUGAAAGGCUUUGUCCGUGAUUUGCAUGGCAAUCCAAUUUCCAAUGCAUCUAUAUCUGUGGAAGGAAUCAACCAUGACGUUACCUCAGCCAAAGAUGGAGAUUACUGGAGGCUCCUUGCUCCUGGUAACUACAAGAUUUCAGCCACUGCUCCUGGGUAUAUCACUGUGAUUAAAAAAGUGGCAGUUCCUUACAGUCCAGCAACCAGGGUGGAUUUUGAAUUAGAGUCCCUUAUUGAGCGCAAGGAAGAAGAGAGAGAAGAACUACAGGAGUGGUGGAAAAUGAUGUCAGAAACCUUGAAUUUCUAACCAGCAUUAUGUAUGUUUUGAAAGCAUAGAUAUUCAGAUUCUGUAAAAUGUGUUCCAACUGUGUGUUUAGCUGUGUUUUUAUUUAAAAAAAUGCAAAAAAAUCUUUUAUUAUCAUGAAGUAAUGACCCUGUGUUGGCAAUAAGAUGGACUCCUUCUGUACCUUUUGAGUACCAACUGUUUGCUGAUUUAAUUUGUAUUUCAGGGGCCAGUGGCAGUUUACCUUACAGAAAGAGUCAUGAGAUUCACUUGAAAGUUUUAGUUUGUAUUUUCCGACAUCUGCUAAUUUUUCUGUUUCCGUGCAUGGAUUAACCUUCGAUGACAAUUAAUCCAAAUGGAAACUCUGUGUUCUACUGUAGUGUAACAUUUAUUCACCGAUUCUCUAGUUUUUGUUUUUCUGUAUUUUCCCAACUCCAAUCAAUGGUGACUCUUAACUAAUGACAGUUAUCUCAUAUGUAUGUCAAUCUUGUUUGUUUUAUUUAGUUGUAACUGUGUACUCUUCACAUCUAUGUUGAAGUGAAGCAUUGAGGAGUCUUUUAUUUCUUCCAAGUGGUUUUUAGCCUUCUUUUUUUAAUGGCACACAAUUUUCUUUUUGGGGGUCUCAAAAAUUAGGGGAGUGCCCACUCAUCUUUAAUCAAUUUUAACCCUUUAAAUCUAAGCAUUGUGCACCGAGGACUGGACGCUUUUUGAAGCUCCUGUACAUACUAGAUACAAUACACGAGGUUGUGAUGGGGAUAUUGUACAGGCCAACCGUGAUUUUAAGAUAAGUUAAUUCAGCCUAGGCCAACCGACUUUGUCUGUGGUGUGAUUGGAUGAAUCCUACCCUUAGGAGAAACUGGUUUGGCCUAUAUAUGCUAAAGUCUAGUUUGGUCUCUACAUUUAUCCUAAAAUCUGAUUUUGGCCUUUAGCAAAUAUAAAAAAUGUAUUUUACAAACAUUUUAACAAAUGUUAAAUAACAAAAGGAGCGGGACCACCCUGUUUUCCAAGUUGAUCAAUGAGAGACUAGUGGGUGUGGAAACUUUUAGCACACAUAGCUGUAUGUUCAACUCUGGGUAACCCUGGUCAAUUCACUAAAUCCACCUGUUCUCAAAUUUAACACACACAUUUAUAUAUUUCAACUCAUUUUCAAACCUACUUAGUCCAGACCAGGGUCGCGGGGUUCGUGAGCCUAUUCCAGCUAGCAUAGGGCACAAUCCGGAAACAAAUCCUGGACAGGACGCCAGUCUAUUGCAGUGAGCACAAACACACACACAUGCGCACACACACACACAGGCCAAUUUAGUAUCGCAAGUUCACCUAACCAGCAUGUCUGAGGACAGUGGGAGGAAACCAGAGCACCAUUAGGAAGCCCACACAGACAUGAACCCGGCACUGCAUCACUGUGCUACACACACACACGUGUGAUAUAUAUAUAUAAUCUAUAUCUUGUGAACAAAAAUGUAAGGGAAAUGAUAAAGAGUUGGAAUUCUGAAGGAAGCCCCAAUUCAUGUCCUGGAAAAACAAUGGAAGGAUAAGUUGCAAAGCACAGCAAUUAAGCAGCUCGGGUGAAUCUUUGCAGGGUUCAAUUGAAAUUGCCUAGAGGUCCGACCUCUUGGGUAGCUGGAGUCAACCUGAAAAGCGACUUUUGGUUGAGUUCAAACUUAUAAGGCUAUGUAGACUGCAGAGGCAGAGUCAUGGCCUUUCUCCUGGAAGUGACAUCAGGGAUCUACCUGUGGGUGUUCCUCCAUUCUAAAGGCAGACGCAAAAGAGUGGUUUAGUUCCUGUGUCACGCACCCUUAACCUUCCCCCAAUUUUUCCUCCUGCAAGAACUUGGUAGACACUCCUGAUGCUCAUAUGUUUGAAUAUAUAUAUAUAUAUAUAUAUAUAUAUACACUAUAUACAUGCUAGCUGUGUAAGCCUGUGCUGUAAAAAGCCUGGGCUCCUAGAAACCAUGGAUUCUGCCACGUCAAUCAAUCAAUCGCAUUGGUUGUGCAUUAGCGGCUUAGCGAGGUUCUCUUUCCUCAGCGUUUUCGUUUUGCUCUCGUGCUCACCUCUGUUGUCUAUCACUGUCUAAGUGGGUUUCUCUUUCCUCAGAGGUUAUGUUUUGCCGAUGUGCUCACCUCACUUGUGUAUUAGCAGCUAAGCGAGUUUCACUUUAGCGGCAGAGUCACUUUCUUUGAGCUUCAUGCUGUACCCUCGCACUUCCGGGCCGGACAGAUAGACACACACACUUCCACACGUAGAUGCUUAUAUAUAAAAUUAUAUAUAUAUAUAUACACACAUACUGUACCAACAGGACUGCAAAACCCAGGAAUAAAUGCUCCAUUGAACCCUUGAGUAAUACACCUGAAAAUUACUCCAGGGGCUCCUGUGCUCUGAACCCUAAAGGUCAUAAGAAAAGAGCAUUUUCCCUCGGGGAUUAACAAAAAAUUAUAUCAAAAAUGUUUAAUCCAACCAACAAAAGCAAAAAUAAGUUGCCGCUAAGCACAUAAGGGUAACAAAAAUGUCCAAAAUGAAAAGAAAAGCCAUUAGCUGUAUUUAGCUGGUUUUUAGGUCACCUAAUGGGGGCUCCAUUCUGUGGUGUAUUCCAUUCAAUCAAGAACGCCUCCUUCCAGUGGCUGUGGGAUUCAUAGGCGGGGGUUAAGUUGCCCUCAUUAGGCAUCUUCUGUGUGCUGUGGAGGAAAUAGAAGAGAAGAAGGUUAGCAUUAACACCCUCUCUUGACCUGGGAUGAGCCCAGAGAGUGAUCAUAAACACACAUGCAUGACACUAUAUAUGUAUAUAUAUAUAUAUAUAUAUAUAUAUAUAUAUAUAAUGUAUAUGUACCCAUUCAUCCAUCUUUUAAGCCUGCUUCAUUCUAAGCAGGGUUGUGGGAAAGCUUAAAGCUCAUCCCAGCAACCACAGUGUGCAAAGCAGGAACAAUCCCUGGACAGAGCAUCUGGUACCACUUCUCAAGUUUGGGCUUCUGAGUUGUACAGAAAGACAGGCAGAUGAUUGCUUGCAAACAGACUUCAUUGAUGAACUUGAAAGAACAAUAUCAGAAUCUUGGAAAGGCAGACUACAAACAUCACUUAUUUCACUCCAGUUGUCAUUUCCUAGAAACUAAAAGAAUUUACAGGUGUCUCCAUCAGUGCUAUCGAGCUCCUUGAAUAAUCCACAGGAUCGAAAACUCAUCUGGGAAGCAAACCAAAAUACUGUGCAAGUAACGUGACUUUUAAAGCUUCCUACCACCAUGAGAUGUGAGCUUACAUGCUGCCACUUUAGCUGUCUACUGCUGAUUCCACACAGAUAAAAUUCUAAGUUGUCUGAAAGUGUGUAUUUGCUAUCUUUUUGUAAGUGUGUUUUCUCUGUAUGUGAUCCAGCAUCAGAGAAUGAAAGUGCAGUGCUACUGCCCUUCACCUGCCUUGUGCUCACUCAGGCUGGCUGCUGGGAUUGGAUCUGACAUGGAAUAAGUGGUUUGAUAAUUUUAAGCUAAUCUGAUAUCAGAUAAACAGAUAUGUGUAUAUAUACGCUGUAUAUGUGUGCAUUUGUGUGUGUGUGUGUGUGUAUAUACACGGUGUAUAUAUAUAUAUGUGUGUGUGUAUUUAUUUAUACGUAUUAAUAUAUGUAUACGGUACUGUAUGCACUGUACUUUGCACUGUUUGUACUGUAUACAUAUAUGCAUAAUCAGUGUGUAUGUAUGUAUAUAUAUAUAUAUAUAUAUAUAUAUAUAUAUAUAUAUAUAUAUAUAUAUAUAUAUAUAUAUAUAUAAAUAUACACACAGAGUAGUUAAUGCUGAACCUUCAAAAACCCAGCAUGCUUGGUUUGCAUCAGGUGGUGUGGUGCAUAGUGUGGUGUGCUUCUAGUUCUGUUCCCAUCACUGACACUGUGUGAUCACUUUCGGUACCUGAGCUCUUUUAAUAAAAACAUAUAUAUGUAAAUACUUGUAACCCUUGGUAAGGGUGCCUGUUUAAAAUGUAAUACUUCAUAUAAAUCAUGGAGAAUAAAGAUACAAGUGGCACCUAAAUAAUGGGAUAAGCAAAUGCUCUUUGUAAUCUGAUUCUGUUGUCACAUCACCCUGACACUAUUGUAGAAGUUCUUUGUCACCAAAAUAGAAUACUUUUUGCACAGCUUUGCAGUUUUUUUAUUAUCAUGAGAUAAAACUUUGAGAGGUAAUGAUAUUCAAGAUCGCGCUGAUUUCUGACUUACGUUGAAUCUGGCGAUAAUAAAUUAUACCUGCGUGUGUGAGACGAUUGACUGUAUCUGUUUUGCCCAAGCUUGUUUCCAGUUUUCCACAGUUAACUUGUGCUGUGUAAUUCAUUCUAGCCAUGCUGUCAGUGCUUUAUUGUACUUCUUGAUAUUUUGAACUUGUGUUCUGUGGAUUUCUUUGUUCAUUAUUUGAUCACUAACUUAACAAUGACGUUCUAUUUAAUGCCCAAGUCUAUUUAUGUCCAAAUAAAAAUCUUAAUUAGAA